AUGCGCCGCCACCACGCGCGGCCAGCUCUCCGCAAGAUCGCGCAGCAUGCCCUCCGCCCCAACCACCUCUGUCGCCGCCCUCCGCCGCGGCCCUCCGUCCCAUCCACCUCUGCCCCGCCUGCCCAACCACCUCUUCCACAUGGCUGCCCUCCGCCCCAACCACCUCCCCGCCACCCGGCCCCAACCUCUCCUACGGCGCGACCUUCCGCCUGCACCAGCGCCGCCGCCCCAACCACCCCCACCUCCGACCGCUGCCACGGCCAGCCACCACUGCCAACCGCUGGAUCCCGCCGCCGGGCCAGCGCUGCCGUCGGCCCGUACCACCACCCGCACCGCCAUGCCGCCGCAGGGACCAAACCACCAACCUCGCCACCGCCGGGCACCAUCCGCGCGCGCCCUCCGGCCAACAACCGCAUCCCCACCCCGUCGCACUCGCCUCCCAGUCAACCAGCGUCUCCACAUCCCUCCGGCUGA